UCCCCGUUCUUGCCCCGCCUAUAAAACAUGCAAGCUAACCCUGGCCAAGCCAACACAACACACAAAUCGUCUCGUCUCUCAGAGCGGAGCUCAUCAGAUUUGACAUCACAUCGACGUACUCGAGUCUAGCUAAGACAAAGGGAGCAGACAGCACCUACGAUCGCACUUCAACCGGAAAUGGAAGCCGCCGUGGGCUACGUGAGCGGCGACGCCGACAGCCUCCUCAUGGCCACCGAGCUCAGGCUGGGCCUGCCGGGCACCGACGACCAGAAGCCCAAGACCACGUUCUCGCCGCCGGCCACGCCUAGGGGCAAGAAGCGCACCGCCGACGCCUUCGAGGACAGCGCCGCCGCCGAGGCCCACAAGGCCGACGACGACGUCGAGGCCGCACCGCCAGUAGCCAAGGCACAAGUCGUAGGAUGGCCACCGGUGAGGUCAUACCGCAAGAGCUGCUUCCAGGCAGCGGCCAGCAAGAGCAAGGCUCACAAGAAAGCCGAGGACGCCAGCAGCAACAGCAACGCACCAUCUGCGGCAGCCACAGCGGCGCCGGCUAGCACCAACGGGGGCUCCUUCGUCAAAGUGAGCAUGGACGGGGCACCCUACCUCAGGAAGAUCGACAUGAGGAUGUACAAGGGCUACCGGGAGCUCAGGGAGGCGCUGGAGGCCAUGUUCGUCUGCUUCUCGGGCGCGGACACAGCCGCUUCCAACCCGUGCGAGUACGCCAUCACCUACGAGGACAAGGACGGCGACCUCAUGCUCGUCGGAGACGUGCCCUUCGAUAUGUUCAGCGGCACCUGCAAGAAGUUGAGGAUCAUCAAGAGAUCCGAGGCCACGGGGCUGGGAUCCAAAUGAUCAAGGAUCCCUGAGAAAGCGCAAGAUGAAGCCACGAGCUCUUUCUUUUUUUAUAUACUUUUUGUUCUUCGAUCUGGGUUCGAUCACCAAGCCCAAAAAGGAGAUGAGCUUGGUGCAUCAGAGUGCACACAUGGAUGUGUGCCUUUGUUUGGGUCCUUGAAUUUAGUAGGCCUUUUUAGAAGAAGCACAAAGGAGAUUUGAGUUCAACUCUCCAUGUGUUUGUACAAACCAAACUGUUAUAUUGAUUGUUGAUUACUUAUUAUCAUCA